AUGCUUAUUAGAUUUAGAUCAAAAAAAGGUAUUCAUAGAGUUUCCUGCGAAGAAAACGAGCUUUUUGGAGCGGUCAUUGAAAAGCUGUUAGGCAAUUUAGGCCCCAAUGCCGAUGUCGACACAUUUACGGUUUGUGAAAAGCCUGGCCAAAACGUCCAUGCCGUUUCGGAACUAGCUAAUCAAACAGUGACAGACCUCGGUCUGAAGCAUGGCGACAUGCUGAUGCUCGACUAUUCGAACAAGCCCGGUAAUGAAACAAGUGAUGCCGGUGUCGGAAUCAGAUCCAUAGAUAUUGGUGAAAAGAACAACCCUCGACAUGGUUCUGCUUCGCUAAGGAGCAAAGAACUCGAUGUCGACGAGGUACUGGAGAAAGAGAACGGUUUAAUCCCUCGUCAAAGGUCGAAACUUUGCAAGCAUGGUGAUAGAGGAAUGUGCGAAUAUUGUUCACCUUUACCUCCUUGGGAUAAAGAAUAUCAUGAGAAAAAUAAAAUCAAACAUAUAUCGUUUCAUUCAUAUUUGAAAAAAUUGAAUGAAAAUGCUAACAAGAAAGAGAACGGGAGCUCCUACAUUGCACCACUCUCGGAACCAGAUUUUAGAAUCAACAAGCGCUGCCAUAAUGGUCACGAACCGUGGCCUCGAGGAAUAUGUUCCAAAUGUCAGCCAUCAGCGAUUACUUUACAACAGCAAGAAUUCAGAAUGGUAGAUCACGUCGAAUUCCAGAAAAGUGAAAUAAUCAAUGAAUUUAUCCAAGCGUGGAGAUGCACUGGUAUGCAGAGGUUUGCCUAUAUGUACGGCUCUUACUCUAAAUAUGAUAACACGCCCUUAGGUUUAAAGGCCGUUGUAGAGGCGAUAUAUGAACCUCCUCAACACGAUGAACAAGACGGAUUAACCAUGGAUGUCGAACAAGUCAAGGAAGAGAUGCUACAGAUUGACACACAAGCUCAAGCAAUGGGGCUUUCGCGUAUUGGGCUAAUAUUCACAGACUUAUCUGACGCAGGGACAGGCGAUGGAUCUGUUUUUUGUAAAAGGCACAAAGAUUCUUUUUUCCUCUCAUCAUUGGAAGUUAUCAUGUCUGCUAGACAUCAAACCAGGCAUCCUAAUGUAAGCAAAUAUAGCGAGCAAGGAAUUUUUUCUUCCAAGUUUGUCACGUGCGUCAUAUCUGGUAAUUUGAAAGGGGAAAUUGAUAUUUCAAGCUACCAGGUUUCCACUGAUGCUGAAGCAUUAGUCACUGCAGACAUGAUAAGUGCGUCCACGUAUCCUUCAAUGGCAUAUAUCAAUGACACCACCGAUGAAAGAUACGUGCCUGAAAUCUUCUACAUGAAGUCUAAUGAGUACGGUAUAACAGUAAAGGAGAAUGCUAAGCCUGCAUUCCCUGUAGAAUACCUUCUAGUAACAUUGACCCACGGUUUCCCUAAGGAUGAUUCGGAAACGAAUCCAAAAUUCGUUACUUCUGCCGGAUUUCCGUGGACCAACAGACAAGCUAUGGGACAGUCUCAAGAUUAUCAAGAACUGAAAAACUACUUAUUUCAAGUAGCUUCAAGCGGCGAUUUCAAUCUAUUGCAUGAAAAGAUCUCAAGCUUCCACUUGCUGCUAUAUAUAAACUCCCUGCAAAUACUUUCUCCAGACGAGUGGCAGCUAUUAGUAGAAUCUGCCGUGAAAACUGAAUGGGAAGAACCCUUACUGAAGCUUAUCUCUUCAGCCGGUUGGCAAACGCUAGUAAUGAUUCUUCAGGAAAGUGGUUAA